AUGUCUACCAAAACCACCAUCAGGAGUCAAACCAGCCACCGUGGCUACAAUGCCAGCUCAGCCAGAGUGCCUGGGCUCAACCACUCUGGCUUCAGCAGUGUGUCUGUGUGCUGCUCCCGGGGCAGCAGUGGCUCCGGUGCAGUGUGUGGACGAGCUGGCUUUGGCAGCAGGAGUCUUGGUGUGGGGAGCUCCAAGAGGAUCUCCAUCGGAGUGGGCAGCUGCAGCAUUGGAGGAGGCUAUGGCAGCCAAAUCGGGGGAGGCCUUAGCUUUGGAGUAAGAAUAAGUGGUGGCUUUGGCUGUGGUUUUGGCUUCGGUGGUGGAGCUAGCUUUGGUGGUGGCCUUGGGGGAGCUGGCUUCCCCGUGUGCCCACCUGGAGGCAUCAACCAGAGCCUCCUCUCCUCUCUGAACCUGAAAAUUGACCCCACCAUCCAGCGGGUCAGGACUGAGGAGAGGGAGCAGAUCAAGACCCUCAACAACAAGUUUGCCUCCUUCAUCGACAAGGUGCGGUUCUUGGAACAGCAGAACAAGGUCCUGGACACCAAGUGGACCCUGCUGCAGGAGCAGGGCACCAAGACCGUGAGGCAGAACCUGGAGCCUCUGUUUGAGCAGUACAUCAGCAACCUCUGCAGACAGCUGGAUAGCAUCAUUGGGGAGAGGGGCCGCCUGGACUCAGAGCUGAGGAACAUGCAGGAUACCGUGGAGGACUACAAGAGCAAAUACGAAGAUGACAUCAACAAACCCACAGCAGCAGAGAAUGAAUAUGUGUCCCUAAUGAAGGAUGUUGUAGAUGCUGCCUACAUGAAUACAGGCGAAGCACAAACCAACAGAGACAGUCUGACAGAUGAGGUCAACUUCUUGAGAACUAUCUUUGAGGCAAUGACCAUGGCAGUUUCUCUUCUGCGGGAACUGUCUCAGAUGCAAACUCACAUCUCAGACACAUCUGUGGUCCUCUCCAAAGACAACAACCGCAGCCUGGAUCUAGACAGCAUCAUUGCUGACUUAGUAUGCUAUACUAAGUCCAAGUAUGAGGACAUUGCUCAGAGAAGUCAGGCUGAAGCUGAGUCCUGGUACCAGACUAAAUAUGAGGAACUGCAGGUCACAGCUGAUAGACAUGGGGACGACCUGCACAACACCAAGAAGGUCACUGAGAUCACACUCCUGAUCCAGAGGCUGAGAUCUGAGAUCAGCCACAUUAAGAAGCAGUGUGGCAACCAGCAGAUGGCCAUUGCUGAUGCUGAGCAGCAUGGGGAGUUGGCUCUCGAGGAUGCUAGAGGCAAGCUGGAAGGUCUGGAGGAUGCCAUGCAGAAGGCCAAACAGGGCAUGAUCAGGAUGCUUAAGAAGUACCAGGAGCUCCUGAAUAUCAAGUUGUACCUUGAUAUUGAAAUCACCACUUACAAGAAGCUGCUGGAGGAGGAAGAAAACAGGUUGAAUGGUGAAGGUGUUGGAUCAGUCAACAUCUCUGUGGUGCAGUCAAACAUAUCCAGAGGCAGCACAAGUGGUGCCAGCAGCAGCUUAGACCUGGCAGGAAGCAGCAUUUACUCAAACAACUGCAGCCACGGCCUUAGAGAUGGCUUCAGUGCUGGCAGAGGCAGAGGCAGGGGUGAUCUCGGCUCCUCUGGUGGCAGCUCUUUCACCAGCAUAUACAUCACUACCUCCUCCAGCAGGAAGAGCUACAGGCAAUGA